AUGCCAGCGCCCUCUGUGGAGGAGACUACCGCUAUUCUGUAUGGAGGACAAGUACGUUGCCCAGCAGUGCCCUCUGUUGGCAAUGCCUCGGCCUCCAGCGUGAACAGGGACCACAAUGCCCGGAUCACGUACAGUUGCCUUCCAGGCUUUCAGUGGUCAGCGGGAACUCUGGAGGAACACAAAUCCAUCACCUGUCAAGUCAAUAACUGGACAGCCACGCCCCCUGCAUGUGAAGCUGUGCAAUGCACUGGGAACCCAGCGGCAGUCUCCAAUGCCACCGUGACGCAGUCUGGCCACAGAUACCUAGAUGUCGCCACGUACACGUGUAUAGGGAACCACGCCUUCCAGGAUGGAACUUCCACGAAACAAGCGUUUUGCUUGAGCAGCGGGCAGUGGGAUAACACUAGCGUUCCAUCUGCCUGCGUUCUUCAUCAAUGCCCGGCGGUGUCCACCAGCCUUUCUCACACCACGGUCAACUCGAAUGACCACGGGGCGGGGGCGGCGGUGAGGUACGAGUGUUUUCAAAACGCCACCUUCAGUGACGGCAGCUCCGUGAGGACACGCCGUUGCCUCGUGUCCGGACACUGGGACAGUACGGAGGAGGCGUGUGGUAAGGGUUACUGUGAGUUGUCAACGCACCAGUUUGGUGGGUGGGCUAAGGUGUGUUUACAUAUUGCAAAUGAAAUCGACACUUCGCAACUUGAGCCAGGCGGCAUGUAUCAGGUAAGCUCAUCCUACAUGUAGGAGGUAAACCAAAAUCGAAAUCCACUAGUGCCGAAA